AUGGCGUGGAGGAUUCCUCGGUCAAGCCUUUUCCCCACGAGGCAAAUCCCACUGCUUCGCCUGCGGACGGGAGCUCCUAUCCGGUUCGCAUCUUUGAAUUCUGCCAUUGGGCGUGGCAUUCGCAGGUCACAAUCCCCAAGACAGUCCGCAGACAAUGAUCCCGAUGCUGGGGGUCGUUAUCAUCGAAGGCCGCGAGGCAAUCCUCAAGAUAGACGCACAGAAGGGCAUGAUUACAAUCCCAGAGCUCAAAAUACGAGAAAGCCUAGUGACUUCGUGAAGAGUGGGGGAAAGGAUGGACACGACCGCUUCGCUCAACCCCACCGUGAGAAGAGGCCCCCGAGGGUCCAGUUCGACGAAACGGAAUUCAUUCGAACCGGUAAUUUCGAACGAUCGACCCGCAAUCACCAAAAGCAUGCGCAGCUACGAACAAAGCGGAUACAAGAUGGAAAUAUGCGCGAGAUGGUACCGCCAGGAAAAGCCCGGUCCUCAUCUAAAUCUCGUGCCCAUAGGGUCACUGAAGGAAUGCCACAACGGGUGAAAGAAAACGUGAAAGUCCCCGACUCUAUUCCAUAUACCACCCCGGCAUCAGAGUUCAUCUACGGCACCGGUGCUGUGGAAGCAGCACUACGCUGCAGCAGACGGCAGCUGUAUAAGCUUUACCUUUACCAAGUUGCAGGGGAGGACUUGAGCCCUUCGAAAGUAGCUUUACGCAAGCUAGCUCUCUCGAAGAAUAUUGAAAUCAAGCUAGCUUUUGCGGGCUGGGAUCGUCUUCUCGACAAGAUGUGUUCCGGGAGACCACACAAUGGCUGUGUCUUGGAGGCUUCCCCGUUGCCAAAAUUGCCAGUCCGUGGCUUCUGCCCUGUACCGUCGGCAACCGAAGACCACUUCCGAGUUGAACUAGCCCCCCAAUCGCGAGAAGAAGCCGCGGUCAAUGGCACGAGUGACCUUGUUCCCAUCAUCAGGUCAUCAUCGAUGCCAGGUCAAGCGGCCGAACGAUACCCCGUUUCCCUACUCGUGGAUGGAGUUGUUGAUCCUGGUAAUAUGGGUGCCAUUAUCCGGUCUGCCUAUUACCUUGGUGUCGAUGCGAUUGUAUUCGCGGGUAAAAACUCGGCCCCUCUAUCUCCUGUGACAAUCAAGGCCUCAGCUGGCGCAGCUGAGAAUAUGACGCUUCUUCAUGUCACGAACGAAGUUGACUUCAUCCAACGGUCGAAGGCCAAUGGGUGGCGUUUCUAUGCAGCUGAUGCACCAGGGCCUGGAGCUACCUAUCUUUACCGUCAAUCUAACACAAGCGAUUCGGGUGUCGGCGCCCUCCCCACCUCACACUCCCCCAGUGUGCUCAUGAUGGGGAGCGAGGCGUCGGGGCUCAGUGGCCAUAUCAAAUCACAUGCCGAUGCAAUCGUCAGUAUCCCCGGAGCACGACAUAGCAUCGAGCUGGGUGUGGCGUCCGACCCUGCGCGCAUCGAUAGCCUCAACGUUAGCGUGGCUGCUGCUCUGCUCAUGGAGAUGUUCUUGCGAACCCCAUUAGCAGUGUCGGAGAUGGUCAAAAAGGGGAAGGGAAAGGAAAUAAUGUGGUGA